AUGUAACAACAGAAGGUUAACAUCGUUGAAGGUAAGAACCUCUCUUUCUCAUAUUCCUGUUUCCAAUAAUCCUUUGACCCUUUACUUACCGUUAUCAUUUUUGUAGUUUUGAAUAGACUCAGAGAAUAGUUAUUAGCUAGAGGAUCCACCACCAUCAGAGGACUCGGCAGAACUUUCAGACAACUCGAUUCCUAUGACGGAAACAGAAAGGUCGAUGCUGGAGAAUUCUUCGUUGGCAUGCAAGAAAACGGUGUUAGAAUCACCAAGGCUGAGGCUGAUGCUCUCUUAUCAUACUUCGAUACCGACAGUGACGGUCACAUUAACUUCGAUGAGUUCCUCGUUGGAAUCAGAGGAAAAAUGAACGCAAAGAGACAAGCCAUGGCUGACAAGGCUUUCCUCAAGUUCGACAAAGAUGGAAAUGGAUGCAUUGAGGCUGCUGACCUCAAGGGAGUAUACAACACCAGCUUCCACCCCAAGGUUAUCUCAGGAGAGAUGACUGAGGAUCAAGUUUUCCUUGAGUUCCUAGCCAACUUCGGAGAUAAAAACAAGGAUGGAAAGAUCCAAAGAGAAGAGUGGAAUGAUUACUACUCUGCCGUCUCAGCUUCCAUCGAUAAUGAUGACCACUUCGUUCAACUUAUGAAGACUGCUUGGAAACUAGAUUGA